CAUGCGCAGUGACAGUCUCGUGCAUUGUGGGAGCGGAUUGAGAAACAUGGCGGCGCGCAUCAUUGCCCGGUGUGUCCGAUCACUUAACCACCGUUCUGUAUAUUUCAAUCGUAUCAAUACUGCCGCGACAUUAACAGCAGCUCCGCUCACCCAUGGCCGAACAUUUUCAUAUCUGACUAAUGGACACAAAUCUCCGCUGGCGCAGAUCUCCAGCAGCUCAUUUCAGGUCUUGCAAUGGAGGCAGUAUGGUGACUUGCCCCCAUUAACCCUAGAGACCAUCCAUGACCGUGUCCUCUACGUCCUGAAGCUCUAUGACAAGAUCAGCCCUGAGAAGCUUCAGGCUACAUCUCACUUCAUGAAGGAUUUGGGAUUGGACAGUUUAGACCAGGUGGAGAUCAUCAUGGCCAUGGAAGAUGAAUUUGGUUUUGAAAUCCCUGAUGCUGAAGCAGAGAAGUUGAUGACACCACAAGAGAUUGUUCAGUACAUUGCAGACAAGAAGGAUGUUUAUGAAUGAGCAUAAAUAAUCAUUGUGAGUUUAAUUACUAUUCAGAUCUUCUGAAAAUUUGUGUCACUUAAAGGGAUACUCCACGCCAGAAUGAAAAUUUUGUCAUUAAUCACUUACCCCCAUGUCGUUCCAAACCCAUAAAAGCUCUGUUCAUUUUCGGAACACAAUUUAAGAUAUAUUGGAUGAAAACCUGGAGGCUUGAGACUGUCCCAUAGACUGCCAAGUAAAUAACAGUGUCAAGCUCCAUAAAAGGUGGAAUGUCAUCCUCGCCACAAGGAUGUGCUGUUUCUAUGUGUAUUUAGCUUUGAUCGAUGCAUUUCAUACCUUUUAUGGACCUUGACACUGUUAUUUACUUGGCAGUCUAUGCCAGCCUCC